AUGAAUGAACGGGUUUCCAUAAAGACCAAUCUAUCACAGCCUCAGUAUUUGCAGAAUGGCGUUCACAAGAAAGAAACUUAUGCAACUGUCGCAGUUAAUCAGCGUCAACCUAAUAUUCAGAAAAAUAAAAAAUGGACACUAUUAACCAAACUAUCAGAAUAUAUUCCGUUAUCAACAUCAUGUUGUUGUGGUCUAUUAUUAGGUAUACUCAUAUGUGGUUUGAUAUUGGCUAUUGUAAUCGCACUUUGGUUAACAUCACCAAAUAAUGCAUUGGCAACACAGGGUGAAUACACUAAUUAA